AAAAAUGUCUGUGUAACAAGUUCUCAGGUAUGAAGUCAGAAAAAAAAUUACAUUAAACGGAAAUUGAAAUAUUCUGAAAAUGGAUCUUUAGUGAAAUCAAAGGAGUGAAGAUCAAUACAGGAGCGAUUGAUUGUAUUGAAUUUAUUGAAAUAAUGUUUGAUAUUAAAGAUAUUAAAGAGUAAAUCAAUAUUUCUGUGAUUAAAAUUGAAAUUGUGCAUGAAGGACGGAUUUGAAAUUUGCAUUAGUUUAAAAUUUAAUAGAUUUCUGUGAUGACAGGAAGUUGACGUCAGUGGGAGGUUAGUCCCUCCCCCUUUUCUUUCCGUCCCCACCCACCAGAAACAGGUCAUCAUGGGAGAUCAGGGUAUGGGCAAGUUGACGGCAAGCCUGGAAGACCUUUCCUUAAAGAAGCAACUUCCACUUCGUCAGCAGGCCCAGAAACCAAUGCUUAAAUACAGCAACAAUGCAAUCAAACCAGUUCAGUUGUUUAACCAUGCUGACCUGAUGUCAAUACGCAGCAACGCGGAGGCAGCGCGUAAUGCGUAUAGCAGCCUCAGUAAUGCAUCUACGUCCAGUACCAUGUCGACUCCAUUUAGAUCCAGUGUUAAACCUGCACCAAGUCCACAGAUGCUACUUCAACAAGCUACAGGUACAAAUGGCCAGCCGUCAAAUUCAGCAUCUUCAGGAACACUGAAAACAUCACCAUCAAAAGGACAUUCCAACCCCUAUGCACGACCCUUAAGUGCCAAGGAUAUUGUAAGUGACCUUCAGAAUCAGCAGAAGAUAAAAAAGACCCCAAGUUCCACCCAAGCACAACCAGGACCCAACUCCAUGUACACAAAUGGUGGGUCUGGGACACCAAUGUUUGGUUUCCCUAUGAAUGCAUUCAUGAGACCUCAAAGUGCUUUAAGAAAGGAAAAUUCUGCUCAAAGUACGAAAUCAACAACUGAAUCCAAGAACAGCAUUAAUUCACAAAAUUCGAGUGCAAAAUCCAGUAGUGCCAAUGAAGGAAGUUCAAAUAAGACUGGUUCCAAAGUAACUCCAAGGAAAACUAUUCCACCCACCAGAUUGGAACGGGAACCAGAUUUAAGCCAGACUGGUUUACCAAAUUCUAAUUCAAGUACCCAGACUGUGAAAAACCAAUUUGGACCAGCUAAGGCUUAUAGUGUGAUAUCUGAAAAAGCAAAAAUAAGCGCUGAAAAGACCAGUGCUGCUAAUAGUACAUCUAGUCCUUCCAAAGUUACUGCUGCUUCACAAACACCAAAUAGUGCUAUAGCUAAAAUGAACGAGUCUUCGAACUCUGAAAGUGUGAAAAAAGUGUUAAAUUCUGAAGGAAACAGUAACACUCAGUCGAAGCCUAUAGUUUAUGCAAGACCUGUGUCAUCACUGCCAAGACCUGGUUCAGGGGCAUCAUCCUCUAAAUCAGGUACACCGGAUUCCCAGACCAAAGUCCGAAACCCCAGCUACACGCCAACCAAGCCUUACCACGAAGUAAGUAAUCCAGCAAAUGUAAGUUCAAAACCACCAAUAUCUGCAGUUACGAAGGUCCAGCAAACUACAGAGACUGUUAUAACAGUUAAAGCGGAUCCUCCCAAGGGUAAUACUUACAUGGCGCCUACAAAUAUAAAAAAAAUGAACGAUGCAAAACAGUCGGCCUCUAAUCAAAGUAGUGGCAGUUCAAAGGAAUCAAGCGCGAGUUCUGGGACUGUGUAUUACAGAAAAGAGUCAAAAGCUGACACCAUUAUUCAUGAGCAGCGACCCCCGGCAAUAGGUGCUCCAUCAAAACCCCCUAGGGGCGCAGAGAAGGGGUCACGAACCACUUUGACAUCAGGGUCAGAAUUAGAUGAGGCUGCUGAUGAUGAGUCAGAAGUCCCAUCAGGAGAACGUAUGCCAGGCGAUGGUGAGGCGAGUGUUGAAGGUGGUGAUGAUGAUGAUGAAUUUGAUGAUUAUGAUGAUGAAGAUAUGGUUGAUGAUUUAGAUGAUGACUGUAUCGGAGGAUCAGAUGGUGAAUCAGACGGGUAUUCCUUCACCAGUAGCAGUUUGUCACGGCGUUCAUCAUCUGCACAUCGACUGAAGACACGUGCGUUCAGUGCGACUGGUAGCGAGAUUGGUUCAGUCAGUCGACCUCAGACUGCUUCCCCGGACAGAUCCGUCAAACCACCCCUUAUCCAUAGUCAUUUUCCAAAUAUUCCACCUGUGGUAGCUUUUGUUGCAGAUGGGGAAAAAGUUGAACAGUUACCGUGGGAUUACAGGAAGUUUUUGAAGUGGCGACUGAGUCCUAUCACACCAAAUGUUGUAAAACACUGCCUUGCUAGGUCAGGAUUUAGGAUAACAAAACGUAACCAUGACUGGUUAGGUUGCUGGGGUAAACAUAUGAAAUCACCAGGUUUCAAAGCUCUCAGGGAAUACCAAAAGUUAAACCAUUUUCCGGGAUCAUUCCAAAUAGGACGUAAAGAUCGUCUGUGGAGGAACUUGUCCAAGAUGCAGGUUCAUUUUGGCAAGAAAGAGUUUGGAUUUUUUCCUCAAACAUACUGUCUUCCAAUGGAUGCUAAACUUAUGAAACGUGCGUUUGAAGAUGGAGGAACUAAACAGAAGUGGAUUAUCAAACCUCCUGCAUCUGCUAGAGGUAUUGGGAUCAAGGUAAUCAACAAAAUCACUCAGGUACCAAAGAAACGACCAGUCAUUGUUCAGAAAUAUUUAGGUCGACCUUAUUUAAUUAACGACAGCAAGUUUGAUCUACGUAUAUAUGUGUAUGUGAGUUCCAUGGACCCACUUAGACUGUAUGUGUUUGAAGAUGGGCUGACCAGAUUCGCGUCAAUGAAGUACUCGGGUUCUAUGAAGCAUCUGGCCAACAAGUUUAUGCACCUGACAAACUACAGUGUGAACAAGAAGAAUACAGACUACCAGGCAAACUCAGAUGAUACGGUGUGUCAGGGACAUAAAUGGAGUCUGAAAGCAUUGUGGAAUUACAUGAAACGGCAAGGAGUGAAUACAUCGGCAGUGUGGGAAAAUAUGAAAGAUCUCAUCAUUAAAACUAUCAUCUGUUCAGAUGGACCAGUAAACAGUUUGAUCAAGGCAAACUGCAAGAGUCGUUAUUGUGUACAUGAGCUGUUUGGUUUCGAUAUUCUUCUAGAUGAAAGUUUAAAACCUUGGAUCCUGGAAGUCAACAUUUCACCAAGUUUGCAUUCCAACUCACAACUUGAUAUCAACAUCAAGGGUCACAUGAUCAAAGACCUGAUGAAUAUCUCUGGUAUACGUGUACCUGACAAACACGAUCUAGUCCAGCACCCGCCACAGACCAGCGGACCACCCGAUCUCAGUAUGUACGUCCCACCAAACAAUGUAUGUAUGGACAAACGUCUGUUCAGUCAGCAGUUGUCACCAGAUGAGAGAGCUAAGCAUGCAUACUAUAGUCAGAGACAUCAGGAUGAGCAAAUUCAGCAGACAAUACUUGACAUCCUGACACCAGAUGACAUUCGCUUCCUCACUGAGAGUAUAGAUGAGGACGGUCGUAAAGGAGGGUUCCAAAGGGUGUUUCCAACCCCCACCACACACAAGUACCUCAAAUACUUUGAAACACCAAGAUAUUACAAUCUCCUGUUGGAUCAGUGGGUACAAAGGUUCAACAGGAUGGAACAAAGGGGUAUAGCGUUGUUACAGUCCUACUGUGAGGAUGGCAUUCACCUUGAGAUAAAUACAGAUAGUCCAAACCAUCAGUGGAACCCACCUAGUGCAACUUGUCACACGUACCGAGAGAACCGUCUUCUUAGUGCACCAGUGUCGAAACACAAAGAAAAUGAUUUGCUGAAAACAAGUUUCAGACCGCAGUAUGAAAGUAUGACUUCCGUGGUGAUUAGCCUACCGGCGAUUCCAAAACGAGUCUACUCCUCCUCAUCCAACCUACUCAAGACACAAAAACGUACCGUCUCUAAACCCGUACCGCAACGCUCAGCUAGUCAGUCGAGCGGAACAUCCUCCAUUAAUAAUCUAGUCUUUAGCCCCCAACCUCCAGACAUCUUGUCUCCGAAAGGCAAAGCACCAAGCAGGAUGAUUUUGGAAGAAAGUAACAUCGCUUUUGAGCGUGAGAGGUCAAGGUGACUGUCAGUCCGUCUACCCCCGUUACAGGAACUAUUUAGUGGUGUCUUGCCGGUGUUUGCGUCCACCAAAUACCAACGUCAGACAAUGAGACUCGUUCAGCAAGAAAUCAAUAAGCCACUCAACAAAAAGCCCAAGAAAAGAAUCAAGUUAAAAAUGGAACAGUUCUUCGGCCAAGGGCAAAAAUAACAAGUCCCCUUGCCAUGUCAGUUGAAGCUGUCUUUCCGCUCCGUGACAGUAUUUACUUAGUCUUACUAUGGUUGAAAUUUCUGAACUGCCAUGCUAGCAAUUCUUAUGAACAUAUGGGCAGCUGCCGAGACUUUUAGUCUUGUAACACUGGCCCCCAAGU